AUGAUUGCUAUCCUCAUGGUCGUCAUUAUUCGCCUUGUCCUAUAUAUCGAUCUAAUUUUCACGGGAAGCCAUGGCCCGCACCAAAGUCCUUCGGACGGGAAAACUAUUAAUACCAUGCCGUUUGUAUGCGAAGCGAUGUAUUUCCUCCUUGAGUAUUUCAAGACUGUUGCCUUUGGAUGGAUGUUCUUAGAAGGUUUUUAUUUGCACAACCAAUUGGUGCUCACCGUCUUCAACUCAGAACCACGACUGACACCGUAUUUGAUAGCCGGAUACGGUAAGACCCUCGCUACCUCCAUGCGCUCUUUAAUCAGGAACACUUAG